AGUAAGCUUAACAGACCAAACCUACGCAGCAUCAACCCUGCUCACAGUCAUGCCUUAGCUGCCUAGCAACCCAAAGGAUUGGAAGUAGUUUCCCUAAUAUGUCGUACACAACCGAAGAAUCAGUCCAUGCACAUAGCAGUUGCCUUCUAUUGCUGAUGUCUAUAAACACUGAUCGACGAAAAAUACAGCUGGCGAUUGCAGGACUGCAUCAUUUAACUAAAGAGCUAACAAACUGUUCUCCAAUGUGGCUACUACGGUAAGCAACGGUCUUCAAAAGUGAAAAAAAAUUCUUUACCGAGGCAAUUCUCUAUAACGGACAGAAUGUGGGCAGACAAAAGUAAAAAUUAAGCGUAGGCUGAAUUACUCCAGAUAUGCGCAUGUUCAGCAGCAGCCUCUUGCUGAUAUGAUGGCUUGCCAAAAACAUGUUUUCAGCCGGCGUUUGCACCUCUACCCAUAAGGGUCCCGACGAAGGAAGUUUCCUUCUGCAGAAUAUCAAGAACAAAGACUUCAGAAGCUUGGGUAUUAAAGACUAUCAAGAUUCAUUUUAAUAAAUAUGUUGCUUCAAUGGAACUCCUAAAAUCAACAAGUACUCCUAUGUAAAAAUGGAAUACUUACUUACUGAUUGCACUUGGAUGAGGUGAUAAAAGAAUUUUUAAAAAAGUCUGCAAUAGCCAAAUACUAACCUGCCCCACUUAAUUGCUGAAGAAACACAUAUACAUAUAUAUUUUAUAAGAUCAAGCUCCUCAGAGCAGUUUAAUAAGGGACACAGUCGUAAAGGAAGCUAUAAAACAUAGCCAAUGUGAGCACAAAACUUUAGGCAUUGCAAAUAGCCCUGCUGCAACAUGCUUCAGUUGAGAAGACGGUACUGCUGCCUAAUGAAGAUGACCUGGAAUGUUAAACGGUCACUGUUUCGUACUCCUAUUAUUGCACUGAUUUGCCUUGUGUUUUUAUUUGCAAUGUUUCUGUUCAUUAAUCAGCACGAUUGGGUAACGAGUAAAACUUGGUCAAGAGAAACUGGUUAUUCUGUUUCUCAUACCGUGAGAGGAUUCAGGUCACCAAAAAGUACAACUAACCAGAGUACAAUGAAAAGUAUUUGGAAAGAGGCUGCACAAGUAUACAAGAUUCAUACGGUGAAUUCUAGCACUGCACUUUCUCCUCCAGAUGUAACUGGAUUAGGGGACGUACUGAAUGCUAAUGGAAGCGUGCACAGUGAAAAAAAGACAGGAUAUAUACCACAUCACCAGUAUAACUAUAUCAUUAACGAACCAAACAAAUGUGAAAAACAAAACCCAUUCUUAAUUGUGUUGAUUGCAGCUGAACCUGGCCAAACUGAAGCUCGACAUGCUAUUCGGCAAACUUGGGGAAAUGAAAGCAUUGCCCCUGGAUUACGUAUGGUACAUCUUUUUCUACUAGGUUCUAGAAAGGCUGGUGGGAACUUUCAGAGGACUUUAUUGGAAGAAAGCAGACAGUAUCAUGAUAUUAUUCAACAAGACUUUUUAGAUACAUAUUAUAAUCUGACUAUUAAAACUCUGAUGGGAAUGAACUGGGUAGCAACAUAUUGCCCGCAUGCCUGGUAUGUUAUGAAGACUGACAGCGAUAUGUUUGUCAAUACAGAGUACUUAAUAAACAAAUUGUUAAAGCCUGCACAUCCUCCACGUCACAACUAUUUCACCGGAUAUCUAAUGCGUGGAUAUUCCCCUAAUCGCAACAAGGACAGCAAAUGGUACAUGCCUCCAGAGCUCUACCCAAGCGAGCGCUAUCCAGUCUUCUGUUCAGGCACUGGUUAUGUUUUUUCUGGGGACUUAGCUGAGAAGAUUUUUAAAGUCUCUUUGAGUAUUCGGCGUUUGCACUUAGAGGAUGUCUAUGUUGGAAUCUGUCUUGCAAAACUGAGAAUUGACCCAGUACCACCGCCCAAUGAAUUUCUCUUCAAUCACUGGAGAGUUUCUUAUUCCAGCUGUAAAUAUAGCCAUCUAAUUACCUCUCAUCAGUUCGAGCCCAGUGAAUUAAUCAAAUAUUGGAACCACUUGCAGCAAAACAAGCACAAUGCGUGUGCCAGCAUGGCAAAAGAGAAAGGAUAUAGAGGACAUGGCAAGUACCGUACAAAGAAAGUGCACUGAUGAUCAUUCUGAAACCAAGAUACCCAAUCUUAACUUUAUUGUAAAUUAAGUACCUAAGCAUGUAUAAAGACUAUCUACAGAGCCAAUGCAACAUUCCAACGCUUACAAAAUCAUUAUCAGGAUUUGCAAUUUUCAAUCCCUUCUUUAAAAGUCAACCUCUCAGAAAAAGUUGUAAUAGUAGUAUGGACAGUAAAUGUUGUGAAGUUUAUCUGCUUUUGGACUCCUUAGUUGAUUGAGUGUCUACGUAUACCAAAAUUAAGUUUAUUUUAGGCAAUUCAAAGCAAUGAACCUCAGCAAAUUAUUCUUACUGUUUAACUGUGACAACAGUAGUUAAUCUUGAAAUAGAACGUGGUUCCACAUUUUGUUGUUAGCUGUACAAAUUAAUCUGUGUCAGGUUUUAUUCAAACUCGUUGAUAGGAGCUUUUUAAGGAAUAUCAUUUGAGAACAAUAAAGUAGAAUGAUUUUAUAAAAAGUUCAGUGAUACAGCACCUUCUACAACUUAGUCACACAAAAUAAAUUCUGACAUUACAUUCUUUCAGUUACAAGGUCAGCUGUUCAAUCAAUAGUCAAAUUUUAACAACUCAGAAUAAUGCUUUUGAAAGGCUGAUUGUGAAUGGAACAGAAUAAACUUUCUCAACAUUGAGACCAACUCUUUAAAUACAUAGAGAUACAUUCACACCUGAAUGGAUCAGCAAAAUAGCUUGGAUACAUUUAUGUAACUUUUAUCUCAUCUAAAAGGUUAGUACACCAACUUAUUUCAAGGGAAAUAUUACUUUCCUAGCUUAUUGACUUCAAUUUGAAUGCUCUUCCACACAACCAUUUACACUAAUGAUCAUAGACUUUAUUUCACUUUAUUUCUGACUGUUCUUUGUGGUACAUCUUGCUUAUGGUAAGAAAUGGAAAAUUCGCAAUUUAAAACAUAUUUAAGUUUCUUCAACUUUUUGUCUGCAUUAUCGCUCCCUCCUCAGUUAGGCCAGGAUUUUGUAAAGGUGUCAAUAAAGUAUUAUUCCUGAAAUUGUUAAAUAAUUUGCCUGUAAUUUAAUAGACGGAAAGAGAGUAGAGUAAAAAAAAAUCUAUUUUUCCUUUCAAUGUUCCUAUCUUGAUGCCAACCACGGUACUUUGUUUCUUUUUGUAUAUUGAGAAUUUUGUUCUGCAAUAUUGCUUUCUGCUGUAAAUUUAUCAAGAUAAAUAAACAGCUCCAAAAAAAUAGAAAGGAUAAAUUUAAAGCUUGGAAACCAACUAGUAAAUUACUACUGAAAAUUUGUGUUUUACAACGGUAUUAAAGUAAUGCUGAAUGCAACUGAAAUAUUUUGUGUCAUAAACUGAAAAGCGUCAUGCACAUCUGUGGAUAACCAUAAUUAGGUGUUGUGUGGCUGAUAGAUUUUCAUAUUCUUUGAAUAUAUUCAACACUUAUUCAUCAAGAAGAAUCAA